CGCAGUGCGCCGCGAGUCGCCCGUGGCGGCCAUGUCCUUCUGCGCCUUCUUCGGCGGGGAGCCGUUCCGGAGCCACUUCGAGCCCGGGAUUUACAUCUGUUCCAAAUGCGGUUAUGAGCUGUUCUCCAGCAGAGCAAAAUACCAGCACUCGUCUCCUUGGCCGGCCUUCACUGAAACCGUGCAUGCCGACAGUGUGGCCAAGUACGAAGAGCGGCCGGGCGCCUUGAAGGUGUCCUGUGGCAAAUGCGGCAAUGGACUGGGCCAUGAGUUCCUCAACGACGGGCUGAAGAGGGGGCAGUCUCGCUUCUGAAUAUUCAGUAGCUCGCUGAAGUUCAUCCCUGCAGACAAAGCAGAGCAGGAUCUGAAGAAGUAAGCGGGCUGCUGGACUCACUCGCUGCUUAUAGUGGACUCCUACAAGCUACCCAUUAUUUCCUGUGAUAACGGUUUGAGAUCAAGUGCCUGUGUGCUCUAAAUGAGAAUCUAGUGAAGCAAAGAUCCUCCAGGCUUCUGCAAUACAAUGCCUCCCGUCAGAGAUCUGCGCUGGGUGCUGGUUUGCUGUCUGGGAACAUGAGGUUGGGGGAGCAGAAGGGAAAUGGGACACUAAUCUCUGGUUGCCUUUGCUCUGUCAGGUGGGUUCUCUCUUCUGUAUAGCGAAUGUUGCACAGAACACGUGACAACUUCUGCUUUGAACCAUCCGGUUGCAAACUUGUACAUAGUUAGGACCCUACCAAAUUUACGGUCCAUUUUGGUCAAUUUCACGGUUAUAGGGUUUAAAAAAUGGUAAAUUUCAUGAUUUCAGAUACUUAAAUCUGAAAGGUCAUGGUGGUGUGACUGUAGGGGUCCUGACCCAAAAGAGGGUUGACGGGGGUCACAAGGUUAUUGUAGGGGGAGGGUCAUGGUAUUGCCACCCUUGCUUCUGUCCUGCUGCUGGUGAUAGCACUGCCUACAGAGCUAGGUGGCCGGAGGGUGGCAACUGCUGGCCGGGAGCCCGGCUCUGAAGGCAGCGCCGCUGUCAGCAGCAGCGCAGAAGUCAGGACGACGUGGUAUGGGAUCGCCACCCUGACUUCUGCCCUGCUGCCUGCAGAGCUGGGCAUUUGGCCGGCAGCUGCUGCUGUCUGGCAUUGCAGAAGUAAGGGUGGCAAAUACUGUGAUCCCCCUACAAUAACCCCGCGACCUCCAGCCCCCCUUUUGGAUCGGGAUCCCCAAUUUGAGAAACGCUGGUCUGCCCCGUGAAAUCUGUAUAAUACAGGGUAAAAGUACACAAAACACCAAAUUUCACGAGGGAGACCAGAUUUCACGGUCCGUGACUUGUCCCUUAAACAUAGUGAAUGGGGAGGAAGCAAAUGCUGUAACUCCUUCUCAUCCAUCAGACCCGACCCCCAGCUCUCCCAUGUCCCAAAACAUCCCAGCCUCUGGCCAGUACCAGCUACUGAAUUCCUUCUCUCCUGUCCAUUAUAAGUAGCGUGUAUGAUGGGUGAAAUCCUGGCCCUAUUGAUGUCAAUAGGAGUUUUGCCAUUGUCUUCAAAGGAGCCAACAUUUCACCCUUUAUUUCCAGAAUGGGUGGAGAUUCUGAUCUCUUAUGCCCAUGUAAAUCCUGAGUUACUCCAUUGAAAUCAUUAGGGAGUGACGCUGGAUUUAACUGAGAUUCAGAUCUGGCCCCAUUCUCACAUGCUAUUUUCUGGUCUGGGAUCAUGGUAUGAAUUGCCCUAGGUAAACCCUUCCAGGAUGGUUAGGGUAAGGAUGUUUGGAUGAUCCUACCAGAUAAUGCUCUGGGAAUUUUAUCAGUUUUGCACACAAUAGAAAUAAUUUUAGAAGUUGAUUUUAUUUUAUUCUGCAUUGGGCCUGAUUCUGGUCUCGCUGUGUGCUCGUUUUAUUACUGUAUGACUCCACUGGCCUUAGCAGAGUUAUUCUCGAUGUACAUCGGAGUAAGGGAGCUCAGAAUCGGGCCCUUUCAGCAGCAACUUGCCUAACUCAGGCUUUGGAAAUUGUGAAUGAAUUACCUCUAGAUACUAAAGGGCUAUUAUACUGAUUUCCCCUUGAAAUAGCACCUCCUCCUCCCCUUCACCACACUGCCCACAGCUCCGUUCAAUCCCUAGAUCCUCGUUUGUACUUUGAUCAGUCCACAGGGACACCAGUACAAAUGCACGAUGGGAUUGCUUUCUCCUCCGUGAGUCUCUUUGGCUGACUCCUUGGCGGGGCUCCAUUCUGCUCUGUUACUUUAGUGUAACCCUGGAGUAACUCCGUAGGUGGCGGUGGAUUUAUGCCACAUUAAGGUCCUGAUCCUGCUGCCACUGAAGUGGGUGGCAAAACUUCCACUGGCUUCGGUGAUGUAGGAUCACCACUGACCCUAAGUGAGAUCAGAAUCUGCCGCCAGCUGGACUGGUGCAGCUCCAAGUGCCAUCUUGAACCUGUAUACGUGACUGCAGGAAGACCCCCUUUAACCAUGGUAGCCCUCUUAUGGCUCAGAGGUUGGAGGUGCACAGUAUUAUGAUGAACUACAGCGCAAUGGGGAAUUGGGUCUACCUGCAGUGGGCAGAGGGCUAAGGCACACUGAUGGCAGUAUUACGGUUCAUCUGCACUGAGGGGCACUUUACAAGCUUUUCUCUGCCUGCAUUUUGCCUGCUGAGGUGUAGCCCAAGGGAGGUGACAGGGACACAGUACAAAGAACGUGACAUCCCCACUUAGCACUGGGCCUCUGCUGGUGCUUUUGUAUCUGCCGCUGUAAUUGUCGACCUGAUAAUAAACCACUGAUUCAUUGUC